ACUACUGGCCAAUGGAAACAUCGAAGAAAACAUUGAAUGUUCAUAAGUCACAUGAUAGUUCAAGGUUGUAAUCAUCUAAUCAUCAACUCCACGUUCUGAUCCACAACAAAGCCAGUUCAGUUCACUAACAUUCUCUCUCUCCCUCUCUCUCUCUCUCUCUCUCUCUCUCUCUCUCUUGUAUAUUUGUAUUUGAAUUGUGAGCUUUAUCUGUGAGUGAUUGUAUUCACAAACAGAGUGUGUGAAAUGAACCCAAUGGCCUCUUUGGUUGGGCAGUCUUUGAUGGCGCUUCCCUUAGAAAAUGGGAACUAUAAGGUUUGGGAGGACCAAUCUUUCAUCAAGUGGAGGAAGAGAGACUCUCAUGUUACUUUGCAUUGCCAUGAUUCCAUUGAAGGAUCUCUUAAAUUCUGGUAUGAACGCAACAAAGUUGAUGCUUUGGUGGCUAAUUCUGCUGUUUGGAAUGAUGAUGCUGUUCUUGGAGCCCUUGAGAGUGCUACGUUUUGGGUCAAAGGCUUACCAUUCGUUAAGUCUUUGUCUGGCGACUGGAAAUUUUUGUUGGCUCCCAAUCCUAACAGUGUUCCUGUGAAUUUCUAUGGCGGUUCAUUUCCAGACUCUGAGUGGAAAAGUCUGCCAGUUCCUUCAAGUUGGCAGAUGCAUGGAUUUGAUCAGCCUAUUUAUACAAAUGUAGUAUAUCCAUUUCCAAUGGAUCCUCCAUCUGUUCCUGUGGACAAUCCCACGGGUUGCUACAGAACAUACUUCAAUGUUCCUAAAGAAUGGAAGGGUCGUAGGAUUUUGUUGCACUUUGAAGCUGUUGAUUCUGCCUUCUGUGCGUGGGUAAAUGGGGUUCCUGUAGGAUAUAGUCAGGAUAGUAGACUACCUGCCGAGUUUGAAAUCACUGAUUAUUGUUACCCUUGUGAUUCGGAUGAGAAGAAUGUUCUAGCUGUUCAAGUAUUUAGAUGGAGUGAUGGCUCCUACCUUGAAGAUCAGGAUCAUUGGUGGUUAUCUGGUAUUCAUCGUGAUGUGCUUCUUCUAGCCAAGCCACAGGUAUUCAUUGCUGACUAUUUUUUCAAAUCAAACCUGGCGGAAGAUUUUUCUUAUGCAGAUAUACAGGUUGAAGUGAAAAUAGACAACUCUUGUGAAGCAUCAAAAGACAGAGUUCUUGAGAACUACACUAUUGAAGCUGCAUUAUAUGACACUGGGAGCUGGUACAACUUUGAUGGACAUGCUGAUCUGCUUGCAUCUCAUGUUGCUAAUAUAAAGCUCAGUCCCUCUACAACAAGGCUGGGAUUUCACGGUUAUCUGCUUGGUGGUAGACUUGAAAGUCCAAGGCUUUGGUCUGCAGAGCAACCAAAUCUGUACACACUGGUUGUUGUCCUGAAAGAUGCAUCUGGCCGUGUAGUGGACUGUGAAUCGAGCCUUGUGGGCAUAAGACAAGUAUCUAAAGCCCCUAAACAGUUACUUGUUAAUGGGCAUCCCAUUAUAAUAAGAGGUGUUAACAGGCAUGAACAUCACCCACGUCUGGGGAAGACAAAUGUAGAAUCCUGCAUGGUUAAGGAUUUGGUUCUAAUGAAGCAAAACAAUAUCAAUGCUGUGAGAAACAGCCAUUAUCCUCAACAUCCCCGUUGGUACGAGUUGUGUAGUUUAUUUGGCAUGUACAUGAUAGAUGAAGCAAAUAUUGAGACACAUGGUUUUGAUCUAUCCCUACAUUUGAAGCAUCCUACUUCUGAACCAAGUUGGGCUGCUGCCAUGAUGGAUCGUGUAAUUGGCAUGGUGGAGAGAGACAAAAAUCAUGCAUGCAUUAUUUCUUGGUCCUUAGGAAAUGAAUCUGGAUACGGCCCUAAUCAUUCUGCUUUAGCUGGUUGGAUUCGGGGAAGGGAUCCCUCACGGGUAGUACACUAUGAAGGAGGUGGAUCUAGAACCUCAUCUACAGAUAUUGUAUGCCCCAUGUAUAUGCGUGUUUGGGACAUUCUGAAGAUUGCAAAAGAUCCAAGUGAAACACGUCCUUUGAUACUGUGCGAGUAUUCGCAUGCAAUGGGAAACAGCAGCGGGAAUCUACAUGAAUAUUGGGAAGCAAUAGAUAGCACAUUUGGUCUACAAGGAGGCUUUAUCUGGGAUUGGGUUGAUCAGGGGUUGUUGAAGGAUAGAGAAGAUGGUAGAAAGCAGUGGGCAUAUGGAGGUGACUUUGGGGAUAUUCCUAAUGAUUUGAACUUCUGCUUAAAUGGCCUUACUUGGCCAGAUCGAACUCCUCAUCCUGCACUACAUGAAGUCAAGUAUGUCCAUCAACCAAUCAAGGUUUCGUUAAAGGAAAGAAUACUUAAGAUAACAAACACUAAUUUUUAUGAAACAACAGAAGGAUUGGAGUUUAGCUGGGCUGCUCAUGGGGACGGAUGCGAACUUGGAACUGGAGUUCUACGUCUUCCCUCAAUAGGACCACAGAGCAGUUUUGAUAUUGAAUGGGAGUCAGGUCCAUGGUAUUCUCUAUGGGCUUCCUCAUUUGCAGAAGAAUUUUUUCUUACAAUAUCUGCUAAGCUUUUGCACUCUACACGCUGGGUUGAGGCUGGUCAUGUCAUUUCCUCUACCCAAGUACAGUUGCCUGCCAAAAGAGAGAUUGUUCCUCAUGUCAUUAAAGCUACAGAUGCUACCUUCCGAGGAGAAAUUCUUGGGGACAAAAUAAGAGUGAGCCAACACAACGUUUGGGAGAUAGAAUUGAAUGCUAAAACAGGAAUAAUUGAAAGCUGGAAGGUUGAAGGAGUGACUGUGAUGAAUAAGGGGAUAUUCCCAUGCUUUUGGCGAGCACCUACUGAUAAUGAUAAAGGAGGAGAGGCAAAAAGUUAUUUAUCCAAGUGGAAAACUGCUCGUUUGGAUAGUCUCCUCUAUAUUACAGAAAAUUGUUCUACACAGAAUAUGACAGACAACCUUGUGAAAAUAGAAGUGAGUUUUAUUGCUGUUCCAAGGGAUGAGAAGGGUUCUGUCCCGGAGUUUGACAAAUCAAAUGCAUUGUUCAAAAUUGAUAUGAUUUACCAAAUCUAUGGUUCUGGGGAUGUCAUUGUUGAAUGCAAUGUGAAACCAAAUUCUUCAAAUCUUCCACCUUUGCCACGUGUGGGUCUAGAAUUCCAUUUGGAGAAGUCAUUGGACCAGAUAAAGUGGUAUGGAAGAGGUCCAUUUGAAUGUUAUCCAGAUAGAAAAGCAGCCGCACAUGUUGGGGUCUAUGAGAAGGAAGUGGGUGACAUGCAUGUUCCUUAUAUUGUUCCUGGGGAAUCUUCAGGUAGGGCAGAUGUUAGAUGGGUGACAUUUCAAAGGAAGGAUGGAUGUGGGAUUUAUGCUUCCAUCUAUGGCAGCUCUCCUCCUAUGCAAAUGAGUGCAAGUUACUACACUACAGCAGAGCUUGACCGGGCAACACGCAUCGAAGAGCUUAUUAAAGGAGAUGACAUUGAGGUUCAUCUUGAUCACAAGCACAUGGGAGUGGGUGGAGAUGAUAGUUGGUCCCCAUGUGUCCAUGAUAAGUAUCUGAUUCCUGCUGUACCCUACUCAUUCUCAAUGAGGCUGUCUCCAAUAACUCGAGCCACCUCUGGCUCCGACGUUUACAAAUCCCAACUUCAAAACUAGCAACUUUUUUUUGGUUGCAUGGCUUGAUGGAAGGUUGAGGAUGUAUGUUAGAUCAUGUGUUACCUUAUAAGUUAUAGUAAAUAAAUGUCCAAUCCAAACCAUAUACAUCAUUAUAUUGGGACUACCACCUUGAGGCUAGAAAGCUCUCUCUAUGCAAGUUGAGUAGCUCCACUACCAAGUUGGGGUAUUUAGUCAUGGCGAUUGGUCAUUAAGUUGUUUACUUGCCAAGAUCAAUGCUUGAAAGCCUAUGCUAUGGACAUAAUACUUUUAUGCAAACUACUUGUCAUCUUGUUUAAUAAAAUCUCAUGGGAAAAGUAACUAAUUCAA